AUGUCCACCGACGCUCCAAACAAUGGAGAAGGGCUAAGUUGGCAGAAUAUAUGGUAUGAAAUCUGCGACACAUGGACUCUACUCCUCAACAUCUAUCUCGGUAUCAACACAUACAACAAUUUCGAAAGUUGGGAAACUACAGUCAAGCACCGGAAGGCGAGUUUCUUUUUUGGGCCGUUGGGUGCGCUGUGGCUACUUGUCAAGAUUCAUAGAUUGAUGAGAUUUUGCUUCUAUGUGCGAGGUAGAGAUGUAGAGGUGGAGGAUAAGGAGGCGAAUGGAGGUCCCGAGGGGGAUUGGAAGAUGUUGCAAGAGAAAGUGUGA